CCCGUAGACGUACGUACGCGCGGCUCAGCCGUGUCCUCUUGUCAAACUGGUUGGGAUAAGAUAAAGGAGCGGAGCCCGGCAAAGCCGAGCGGCAGCAGAGAGCACAGCUCGGCAACACCAUGGCGCCGGCAGCGCUAGCCGCUCCCAUCGCGUCCAUUUCCCCCAGCUCCGCCGGGAGGGUCACCGCCGCCGCCGCCGGCCUCCGCUCUGCCAGGAUGGCCAGCUCACCUGUAGCCCAGCCCAUUGGCGAGGCAGUUGUGUUACGGCCCAACCAGAUGUUCAGAUCAGUGCUGCGACAGCGGAGGCGUCUGGUGGUCCGAAGCAGCAGCUCAGAUGAAACCAAUUCCACCACCGAAGAGAAGACGCCAUUCGGAUACACGAGGAAGGACGUGCUGCUCAUCGGCGUCGGCGUGACACUCUUAGGCUACGGCCUCAAAUACGGGCUGGAGCUGGUCGGAGUCGAUCCCUUGCAAGCAGGAAACGCCGUCCAGCUGAUCAUCGUGCUCGGGAUGACGGUGGGGUGGAUCUCGACGUACAUGUUCAGGGUGGCCAACAAGGACAUGACCUACGCCCAGCAGCUCAGGGACUAUGAGAAGCAAGUCAUGGAGAAACGAUUGGAGAGCUUGACAGAGGCUGAACUGCAAGUUCUGCUCGAGCAAGUAGAGGAAGAGAAGCAGCGGCUGACUCCAGUGAGGGAUCAGGGUGUUACCUUCACUAGGAAAACGGAGGAUCAGGCGAAUGCCAGCUAGAACACCUUGAUUCUGUAAUUAGCUAGCUCUCCUGCACUGUUAGAUAGCUUGAAUUAAGAACUAGCGGUGGAUGUGGAUCGUACGUCAUACGAAUGACCAGCUAAUGUCUUCCAUGUUUGUGCAUCAUUCUGAAAUAAAAAUAGUUGGUAAUUCUGCUUA